UCUUGAUUUAUAUACUCGCUGCCUCUCCGGUCCAAAGACCCCUCUUUCCCCUUCUGCGUUAACAUAACAUGAUCUCGCCAAUCGACCCUCGCGAUCUCAGCAAUGGCCUCACCCUCUUCCCGCGCCUCAAGCUCGUCCUCAUAUUCCACCGCUCCGAUCCCGCCGUCAAACCCAUCGACGAGUGGCAAAUCAAGCUUUCCCUCCUCUCCUUCCUCCGCUCCUCCCCCCUCUGCCUCUCCAUCCCCGACGAAAACGACCUCUCCAUCAAGAAGCGCCCCGAUCUCCACAAGCGCAAGAUCGAAGACCCCGUCGCGUUUGGGAAUCUCUACGUUCGGGAUCUGGGGUUUUUGAGGAAGAAGAGGAUGAGAGUUUGGGUUGAGGAGGAGUCGAAUGAUGAGGAGAUGAUUUUGAAGAGGUUUUUGGAGUGGAGAGAGGAUGUUUUGAGGCAGUUGGGUGGGGUGGAGUUGAAUAUCCAAGGUGUUGGGUUCGACAUGACGGCAGAAUUACCAAAGGAGGAGGAUUUCGAGGGGAUGAAGCGGUCAUGGGAGGAUUUCUACCGCAAUUCUUUAAGGGGUGUGACUAGGCGACCUGAUACGAUUAUUGUAAAAGGUGUGCCCUCACGAUGGUUUGCUGAGCCAAGAGUGUCAUCCAAGCCUUCUAUGUUGGUUACACAUACUAUCUUUUCAGUGCUUGGAAAAAUAAGGAAGCUUAAUGUUGCUGAGGACGAUGAUCUAGGUACAAAUUCAGGGGAAAAUAAAGGGGAUAUUGUUUCUGGACUUACAUGCAAGGCCUGGGUUCAAUUUGAGAGUUAUGAUGACUUCUAUAACGCGUUUAAGGCGCUGUGUGGAUGUUCUAUGCAGAAGGAAGGGUCACGCCUUAAAGUGGACUACGAAGUGUCUUGGGACAGAGAUGGCUUCUUUGAGAAUCAACGAAGCUCUACCAGGAGCCACAUACAAGAAAGGGCAGUCCGGCUGCCAGUAUCAUCAAGAUAUACACGAGAUGAAGCUCCGAGGCAUCAGUCACAGACUAUUCAUUCUGUAGCUGAUGUUCCAUGGCCAAAAAGGUUCAGGGAAUAAAGAGGGCUGGAGAAAUGGGAUCUCCUCUGAUUAUGUUCACUGCCAAAAAAAAGCAGGAAUAAAGAGGACUGGUGAAAUGGUUUAGGAUUUAUCAUGUUGGUCACCAAGUAAAUAAGCCAAGAUUAUCCUAUGCCUUCUUGGAGUACACAAAAAUACAGUAUAAAGCUUAGCCGGAUGGUUUCCUUAAGGUUCCAAUUUCAUGAAUGUACCAUGGAUGUGCAUUCAGGAAUUAGAUUGUUUGCACAGCUGUGGACUGUGAACUAUCUUCAAAAUGAUAUUUUUGAAGUGUGAACAUUGGCAUACAUCUAAACUCUAGAUGGUGUAUAUCGCUGCGAUGCCUGCUUCUACUCAUCUGCAUCAAGAUACUGCUUUCUGUAAGCUGUUGUCAUCACUAAUGAAAGGCUAUGGCUAAAAGUACCACUUAUUCCUAA